CAGUCCCAGGUAGUGGAAGGGAGACUUGUUGGAGACAGACAGGAGUAGCAGAGAAAGCCAGGGGCCUGUUCGCCAGCCUCGUGUCCGCCUUGUUCUUUCUGCCACGGCCAUGGCGGCUCCACGCCCCCCUCCUCGUGCUCCGUGCGUGCCUCCUCCGCUAUAAGUAGGCGACCGUCGCUUCCUGCUGCCUGCAACCAACCACUGAGAGCCAAGGACGUGGUAGACUAGUGCUGAGUGUGGAGAGUGACUGUGUGGGACUGAUGGCCAUGGAGAGGGGCUGGAAGGCCGGCAGCGCGUUUCGGUUUGAUGUGGUCGAGGAGGAGGACGAGGCGGCGGCGGCGGCGAUACCGCCGCCGCAGACGCCGCUCGAGCCCAUGGAGUACCUGUCGAGGUCCUGGAGCGUCUCCGCGUCGGAGAUAUCCAAGAUCCUCGUCGGUGGCAAGAAGAGCUGCUUCAACAGGCUGCCGCUGCAGGAGAUGGGCAUACCGGAGGCCUCCGCCGUGCUCGCCACCACGGCCAUCGUUCCGAGCUAUCGACACCACACAGAUGCAAGGCGGAGUUCCAUCAGCGGCAUCGGCCACCAUCAGUCCAUCGGCAAAUGGUUCCAGCACAAGGACGCGAGCCGGUCGAGGCAGAGCAGCAAGGAGAAGCUGCGCGCCGACAGGGCCCACGUGCACGCCAUGGUGUCGGUGGUCCGCGUCGCGGCCGCGGUGGCCGCCGUCGCGGCGGCGUCCACCAGCUCCGACACCCAGGCCUCCAAGAUGGCCGCGGCCAUGGCGCCGGCCACGGAGCUGCUGGCUUCGCACUGCGUCGAGGUGGCUCGGCUUGCCGGGGCGAGCCACGAGCAGGUGGCCUCCGCCGUCCAGUCCGCGGUCGGCGUCAGGAGCGCCGGCGAUCUGACGACGCUCACAGCGGCAGCGGCGACCGCGCUGCGAGGAGCUGCGACGAUGAAGCAGAGGGUGCAGCGGGAGGCGGCGAGGAGCAACGCGAGCGUUCUUCCUUACGAGAAGGGCCAUUCGUGGAGCCCUGAUGUCUGGUGCAAGGAAGGGGAACUGCUGAAACGCACAAGAAAAGGGGAUUUACACAGGACAAAAGUAUCUGUCUACAUCAACAGGAGGUCUCAGGUCAUGCUGAAGCUGAAAAGCAAGCACAUUGGAGGUGCACUGUCCAAGAACAACAAGAGCGUGGUUUACGGCGUAUACAGCAAGCUUCCGACGUGGGUGAUCGAGCCGGGAAAGGCCUUCAUGGAUGAGAAAUGCUGUUUUGGCCUGAGCACGGCGCAGGGUAUCGUAGAAUUCGAGUGUCAGGACGGCACGAGUAAGCAGAACUGGGUCGACGAUGUGCAGAACCUGCUUCGACAAGUUGCGGCAGAUGAUCGUGUGGGAGAUAAGCUGGAGUCGGUAGUGAAAGUGGGUUGAUGUGUGAGCCGUUUUCCCGGUGUUAAGGUGAUAGUAUGUUGUGAUAUAAUUAAGGGGGGUGUUACAUAUGACAUAAUGAUGUUGAUGAUACUCUUUGUAAGGUAGUUUAGUUCAGCUCUGUAUUGUAAUGCAUACAAAAGGAUGUGAUAGAGAGUUAGUAGAUUUUACUA